AUGGAUGUUGAAAACAAGGAGGCCAAAUUAACAUGGAGCGAAUUAAAGGACGUUGUCAGUGAUCUACGAAGACAAUUGUCUGGUCUUUCCGCCCCAGUUCCUUCAUCUAUAACUUUUCGGACCCUGCAGGAUGGCAGAACGAGAAUUUAUUUCCUGGGCACCCCCCAAAAUGGUUGGGAAACAACGUUACUUUUUGCUGAUGUGCCAAAUGGCACUAAAAGCAACACAACCAAACUACAGUGGCAAUGUGUUAUCGAAUCGAACUUUCCCAGUUUAUCAACCAAUAAGUUUUCGAGAGAAGAGCAGUUGCUGUGGGAGAGAAGGCGAAUGGCCACUUGGGGUAUAACAUCGUAUGAAAUUCACAACGAAAGCGGUAAAAUCGUUUUUCCAGCCUCCAGCAGUCUAUUUUACUGUGUCGAUAGCGGUUUUUCGAACGGCCAAUUGUUUCCAACCAAAGUACGUAUGACCACUGGAGCGCAAAUAAACUCGCAGAUUUGCCCCCCAAAUCCGGAUUUGGUGGCGUAUGUGUGCAAUCACGAUAUUUGGGUGACUCACACUGGUUCAGGUUCGAAUGUCAGGUUAACGUACGCGCAUAAAGGGGGCCGAAAUUUGGCCGACGAUCCUUUGUGUGCCGGAGUUCCUUCCUAUGUUAUGCAAGAGGAGUUUUGCAGGUACCAGGGGUUCUGGUGGCAGCCCAAGUGCAUAGAUGGCGUUUACAGAAUACUAUACGAAGAAGUAGACGAGGGGGACGUUAAGGUGUUUUGUUUUCCCUCCUCGCAGUCGGAUUCGGGAGAAGUGGAGGAAUUUCGAUUUCCACGGGCCGGGUGUGCAAAUUCCAAAUCGUACCUGAAAAUGGUCGAGUUUAAAUUAAACGAAUUCAAGCACAUUGUCGAUAUAGUUAUGUUGGAAUUGCAAUUUUCCCUCGCGAUGGCAUUUCCUUGGAUGGAGUACAUUGUUAGGAUGGGGUGGACCCCUGAUUCCGAGUACAUCUGGAUGCAACUGCUCGAUCGCAGGCAGCAGCGCCUGGACGUGGUGAUUUUGUCCUUGAACAACUUCACGGAAGGUCUUCCGCUGUUCGACGAAACCGGCAACACCGCGAUCGCGCCGCUGGUGCAGGUGAUCUACACGCAGGAGUCCCCGGUGUGGAUAAACGUGCACGAUCUGCUGCACUUUUUGCCCUCCUCGGAGCCCAACGAGGUCCGGUUCGUGUGGGCCUCGGAAGAAUCCGGCUUCCGGCACCUCUAUUUAGUCACCUCGCAACUGUCCAACUACACGAACGGCCUGACGGAGAGCGUGGUCGCGAUGGAUUGCGUCUACAUGCAGCCGAAAAUCAUUUCCAAAGUGGAGCUGACCUCGGGCGAAUGGGAAGUCCUGGGCCAAAAUGUAUGGGUGGACGAAGAAAAACAGCUCGUUUAUUUCCUAGGUCUUAGAGAAACUCCCCUGGAAAAGCAUUUAUACGUAGUAUCGUUAAGAAGGCCAGGGGAAGUUCGACUGCUUACCCGUCCUGGUUAUUCGUAUUCUGUAGAUUUUAGCAAGGAUUGUUCGUUGUUCGUCACCGUGUACAGCAACAUAAAAAAUCUGCCGGCUUGCCAAGUGUUCCGGAUAAACCACACCGAUUGGACGGUAGAGGGCGUAACGUUGACGCCCAUCGGCUACCUGUUGGAAUCUAGCGCGACGGUGCAAGAAUCCUUUUGUCCGGAGCUGUACACGCACGAAAUCUCGUCGGGCCCCGUGCUGUACGCGAUGGUUUUCAAGCCGCACAAUUUCGAGCCCGGAAAAAAAUACCCCACGAUACUGAACGUGUACGGCGGUCCCGAGGUGCAACUAGUCUCCAACACGUUCAAGGGCAUGAGGCAGCUGCGCAUGCACAUGCUAGCGGCGCGGGGUUACUGCGUGGUUGCCAUAGAUUCGCGCGGAUCUCAGCACCGAGGCCUGCAGUUCGAAAGUUACAUCAAACGGCGGAUGGGCACCGUGGAACUUAGCGAUCAAGUCGAGGUGCUCAAUUGGCUGGCGGACACAGUCGGAUACAUCGAUCUUAAAAGAGUCGCGAUCCACGGAUGGUCCUACGGUGGAUACUUAAGUCUGAUGGGUCUGAUUCAGUAUCCGGAUCUGUUCAAAAUAGCCAUCGCUGGUGCUCCGGUCACCAGUUGGAACCUUUACGAUACCGGUUACACUGAAAGGUACAUGGACCUUCCCGAUAAAAAUAUUACCGGAUAUAUGCAGGGCUCCGUCUUAAACUACGUUACCAGAUUUCCAGACGAGGAAAACAGACUGUUAAUCAUCCAUGGUCUCAUCGAUGAGAACGUUCAUUUUUACCACACUAGCCAACUCAUCAACACCAUGAUUAGAGCGGGGAAACCUUACCAGUUGCAAAUUUACCCCCAAGAACGACACUCGUUGAGGCAUUUGGACGCCAGCAAGCAUUACGAAACGACGUUGCUAUCCUUUUUGCAAAAUAAUUUGUAA